CACACAUCAGCGCUUUCCUUUCGGGAUACGAAAAUCCGUCCGUGUGCAGUGUGCGAAUUUCUCUGCUACGCCGUCAACGUGAGACAGCACUCAGCAGCCAGAUUGACCUAUCAAACGUCGCAGGAAGGUCGUCAGAUCCGAUCUGGUCGCCGCAAAUUGGUUGUUAUUGUGUGUCCGCUCCAGAUUGAUUGAUUUAGGUGCGUCGACACGGUGCGGUGAAAGUGGACGUACACGAAGCUGGUAAUAAAUAAGAGCUACAGGGAAGUCUUAUCAAGUCUUCGAAACAGCCGGUACACAAAGGUAGAUCCAUUUGAAGGUCGUCGUUUGGGAGAAGAAAAAUGCUACGAACAAUUGCCUUGCGGAACGAAAAGCUGCUGCUUCAGGGAACCCGAAAAGUGCUCCGCGAAACGGCCAACCGUGCACUUUGCUGCGAAGCAUCCCGAAUAAACAAUGCUCAAAGGAACUCGCAAAAAUGGACCGGCUUAACCGCAGGGUCGAAAACUGCCGCCACAUGGCAGGUGUGUUUCGUUCGCGGCUACUGCAGCAACUACCCAGCUCACUCGAAGGUGCUUCUGCCGGCUCUUUCACCCACCAUGGAGCUGGGAACUAUUGUUAGCUGGGAGAAGAAGGAAGGGGACAAGCUCAAUGAAGGUGACCUUUUGGCGGAAAUCGAAACUGACAAGGCCACCAUGGGUUUUGAGACUCCCGAAGAGGGCUAUCUCGCUAAGAUUCUAGUUCCUGCCGGUCAAAAAGACGUCCCAAUUGGCAAGCUGGUAUGCAUUAUUGUCGAAGAGGAGGGUGAUGUUGCAGCUUUCAAAGAUUUCAAAGACACAGGUGCAGCGCCAGCUAAACCAGCGCCAGCUCCCCCGGCACCACCAGCUCCAGCAGCAGCACCACCAGUGCCAACACCACCACCGGUUGCUGCAGCACCUCCACCACCACCGCCACCACCAACAUCUGCCUCCACCGCUCCGUUGACAGCUGUCGAGCAGCGUGGCCCUCGUGUUUAUGCUAGCCCUAUGGCGAAGAGACUAGCAGAGCAACAAAGACUGCGAUUAGAAGGAAAAGGAUCUGGUCUUUUCGGAUCACUAACAUCUAAAGAUCUUGCAGGUUUGCAGGCUGCCGGUGCACCGGAAGCCCAUGCGCAGGUGGCUUCAGCGCCCACCAUUCCUGCCGGUGCAGCCUUCGUGGAUAUUCCGGUGUCCAACAUCCGAGGCGUUAUUGCCAAGCGUCUGCUCGAAUCGAAGACCACCAUUCCGCACUAUUAUCUCACGGUGGAUGUCAACAUGGACCAGAUUAACAAGUUACGCUCUAAAUUCAAUAAACAAUUGGAAAAGGACGGCGUCAAGCUGUCGAUCAAUGAUUUCAUUAUCAAAGCGUCUGCGAUGGCCUGCAAGAAAGUACCGGAGGCAAAUUCCGCCUGGAUGGGUUCUAUUAUAAGACAGUUCGAUGCAGUUGACGUUUCGGUAGCUGUUUCGACAGACCGUGGCCUGAUCACACCAAUCGUAUUUGGGGCGGAUCGCAAGGGUCUAACCGAUAUUUCUAAGGACGUCAAGAAUCUGGCGGCGAAGGCUCGCGAAGGCAAGCUGCAGCCCCAAGAGUUUCAGGGAGGUACAUUUAGUGUUUCCAACCUCGGCAUGUUCGGAGUAACGCACUUCAGUGCUAUCAUCAAUCCACCACAAAGCUGCAUCCUCGCCAUCGGUGGUACCCAGAAACGUAUCGUACCUGACAAGGAUUCGGAACAAGGUUGGAAGGAAAGUGAUUAUGUUGCAGUAACGCUGAGCUGUGACCAUCGCACGGUCGAUGGUGCCGUUGGUGCUCGCUGGUUGCAGUACUUCCGUCAAUUCCUGGAGGAUCCACAUUCAAUGCUGUUAUAAAGCGGACCACAGGACGUUGCCACCUCCUUCAAGCUACAACACUGUACCAUCGAACAACCUCAAGUUCAUCACAACCGCAGCAGGGCUCCCCACAACCAUUUGAAUGAUCACUACCGUACAACCUUCAAGUAGCGCGAAAACCGAACCAUCCGGAAGUCACCGCACUAAUAACAUAUAAUUUCCUCGAAUUUCAACUUUCAUCCACAGGCUAGAACACUAUCGCAGUGUAUAGUGUCAGUGUGUGCAUUCACAGGCCAGUGAAAAAAAAACAGAAGCAAAGUCUGUAUAAAACUAAGAAAGUCACGUACUAAUUACGACUAGCGCGUACAAAACAAAAAAUAAUAUUAUGGCUAAGUGUAAUGACAAAUCGUACUCGAUGAAACCAAGUGAUUCGAUCCCUGAGAAGAAUCUGUGAAGCAAGAAAUUUAUCCGCAUUGUUACCCGGCUUAGUGAAGCGAAUGAAACCCAAAAAAUAGUUCUCAUUUUAUCCCUACAGUCAGUUUAUAAUGAGUAAUCAAUAAAGUGUCCAAUUGAUUGAAAAAAGUGCAAAAACUACAGUAUAACACCACUUUUCGAUGACACCGGGCGUAACUGACGUAACUUCUACAAUAUCCUUCCCUAAUAGUCAACCACAUCCAAAAUAGGAAAGAAAAAUCGGAUCAGAUAUAUUACUUGCAGGAAUUACAGUCAAUAAUAGUCAUUAAUUUCGAACGUUCAUCGACUUUUAUUUUUAAAUUAUUGCAUUCUGGUGUGUAACAUUAAAUAAAAAAAAUCUUUAUGAAACAGGAAGGAACGAUAGGUUUACAGCUGAAAGCACGAUUUACUUGAAAAAAAAAAAAAAAAAAGUUCACUUUCGAUGUGCAAAA